AUGCCAAUCCCGAGGAUUCCAGAACGUUCCCUCGCCUCGCACGUACCGAGUGAAAGCACCUACCACCCCAGUCGAGGGGCCAUGUCCUCGCGGCAGAGUAUCAUGAAUCGCGGCACUCUCAACAUCUUCUCCGGGGAAUGCACCAAAGAGGCAACGGACGCCGUUGCCGAGACGAAUGCCCGUCGUAUGACGCGCUACUCCUCCGCCAACCUUCUUAGCGGACGGCAUUACCACAAUCGCGAAUCCAACGAGACCCGCGAGUUCCCCCCUGCCUGCAUCCGACACGUGCAGCCCCCAUCCCACACCGCCCGCCCGCAGGGCAUCAAGCACGUCUCCAACGCCGCGGGGAAUAAACAGCAGGUGCAGAUCGUCAACCUCACCCGGGCCUACGUGGACCCGGCGAAUAUGACGCCGCCCCGCGCGUGCGUUCGCUGCGUCCGUGGCAAAGGCUACUCCGAGGAGAUGAAGUCCAUCCUGGCCUAUCGAUCCCUCGGGGAGAAUCAGCUCAAAGGGUCUCUUGCGGGCACACCUCUAGGGAAGCCGCGGCCGCGGGAGGCCCGUCGCGUCAUCGACUACACUCGACAGGAGAACUUCCUUAAGUCGGUGUGUGAUCACGUGCAGCAGCGAGUGGGGGGGAUCGCGGGGUUUUACGUCCUCCUCGCGCGCGGCGCGGUGGGGGAGGGGGUUUCUACGCACCCUGUGGAGGCUUCGCCGUCAGAUGGGGAGGACCGUCGCAAGGGGGGCGUGCUGACAUUGGGCAGGUGCAGGGAUCAGCUGAUCCGGCUCAUCGGGAUCCCUGUCACCCUGCUGGAGCUGGCGGAUCUUGUGUGGGGCCCAGGAGGGCCCAAAGACCUUGCUAGCUUGUCAGAAGAAGGCCUUGAGUCGUUACAAAUUCCGUUUAAGGACUUUGCUACCGCCUUCGGGACCCACUUGUUCGGGAGACGUCUUCCGGAAAGGAAAAUUAGACCUUAA